UUUUCAAAACUCUAACCAUGUUUAUUACAACUAAAAUAAUAUUUUAUUGAAUUACUGAUUACGUAAACGACGCUAUGUGAUCGCUUCUAUUUGCGUAUGGUACAACGUAACAAUCUGUAAAUGAUGAUGCAAUUAUAAAUGUUAUAAGUUCUAAAGAUGUGUUGUUAAUGGACUUGCGAUACUAAUCACAAAAUAUAGGUACACGAGAAGAUAUAACAAUAAAAAUACAAAGUAUCUGCAUAUAACAAAACUAUUUAAGAAGUGGCAAGUAAAAGAGAAUACAACCUAACCUGCAGAAGUAACUAGUAGUCAUUGUUAUUAUAUAUUACUGUCUAUAGGAACAAAUAAUUUCUAAAAUAUCUAUACGUCAAGUCAAUCAAAAAUGUAUAAAAAGCUGGUGCCGUCCGACAAUAAUUUGCAGCAGAGUGAAGUGAUUGACUUGAGAAGCGACACAGUAACAAAACCUGAUGUCCAUAUGCGUCAAGCAAUGUUCGACGCCGAAGUCGGCGACGACGGUUACGGCGAGGAUCCCACCAUUAAUCUUUUGGAAGAAAAAUCGUCAAAACUGUUUGAAAAGGAAGCGGCAAUAUUUUUACCAAGCGGACUCAUGGGAAAUUUGAUUGCAAUGAUGAGUCAUUCAAACCAACGUGGAGGUGAAGUAAUAGUCGGUCAUAAAAGUCAUAUUUUGCUGUGGGAACAAGGUGGAGCUUCACAGAUUGCCGGAUUGCAAAUGCGAGAAGUUAAGAAUUUGGAGGAUGGUACACUGGAUAUGACAGAGUUACUUGGAAAAAUAAGACCGGAGUUCCCAGACCCUCACGAACCUUAUACUAAACUAGUUUGUAUUGAAAACACUCACAACUACUGUGGCGGUACUGUAUUGCCUAUUGAAUGGAUUGAUCAGUUGGGAAAACUCACCAAAGAACGAAACAUACCCUUGCAUAUGGACGGAGCUAGAGUGUUUAACGCAGCUGUGAGUCUAGGAGUUCCAGUCAGCCGAAUAGUGAAGCAUUGCGAUUCCGUGACGUUUUGCUUGAGCAAAGGCCUUGGUGCCCCAAUUGGUUCCAUUUUAAUUGGUGAAAAACCAUUCAUUGAAAAGGCUAGAAGAUUGAGAAAAGUUUUGGGCGGUGCCAUGCGGCAAGCUGGGAUCGUGGCUGCGGCGGGACUGUACGCGUUGGAUAAUUGCGUGGAAAGGCUGGCUGACGAUCAUAGAAACGCUAAGAAAAUCGCUUACGCAAUCCAAAAGACAGCAAGUCCAUACGUGACCGUCAACCCAGACGCAUUCAACACAAACAUACUUUUGGUGAACAUUAACUCAACUGUAGUCGACGCUAAAUACUUUGUUUCCGAGCUGAUAAAGAUAGACCCUGAUGAAUGCGACAGUCAGUCGAACAACAAGAUACGGUCGACGGCCGUGAGGAUUGCGCAGAUAAACGACACAAGAGUGAGAUUCGUGACGCACAAGAACAUUACCGACGAAGAAGUGGAUAUGGCUAUUGAAAAGAUUAAGUACGUCAUUGGAAAAAUCGACACGUACUGUAGCCGAUAG